CCCUCUCCCUUUGCACCCCAGCGGGGCGCGGCCCCGCCCCGGGGAACCGCCUCUCUGCAUCCCUGGGAAGGAUGUCAGGCCCCGAUUCUGCAGCGUGCUCCACCUGGGCAGGUGCCAGCGCUGGCCUGCAGCCCCACGGGCGUCCCUAGCCCUUCCGCGCCCAGAUGCGGGGGCAGGAGCGUAGCCCCUGUUCUGAAAGCCGCAGGCCGGGGAUUGUGCCCAGGUCAUCGCAGGUGGCUGUCAGCGAAGUGGGGCUGGCUAGUGAGCGCCCUGUUCUCUGGUCUCUCGCAGGGAGUCUGGUCUCUCGCCCGUCGGCCGCGAUGUUCCAGUCCUUAAAACACGUGUUGGGAGCGGCUGGGAUGUUCCCCAGGAGGCCGUUGUCCUGGGCCGCGCGUUCCCAGUGCAGAGCUCGCCUGUCCACCCGGGGCUUGGAGGACUUCAGCGCCCGGCUGGCAGCGGGGCCAACGCUGCGGCACUUCUUAAGAAACGCGUCCCCAGCUCAGGAAACUCACCAGGAGCUGGAGGAGCCAGCGCCCUAUCUCACCUCCAGCAUCCUGGAGGAAGCCAGGAGGAAAGUGUAUCUGGAGACCUAUGGCUGCCAAAUGAACGUUAAUGACACCGAGAUUGCCUGGGCCAUCCUACAGAAGAGUGGUUACCUGAGGACACACCAGCUGGAGGAGGCGGACGUGAUUCUGCUGGUCACCUGCUCUGUCAGGGAGAAGGCUGAGCAGGUGAUCUGGAACCGCCUGCGGCACCUCACGGCUCUGAAAUCCAAGCGGCUGCGGUCCCAGGCACCUCUCCGCAUCGGGAUUCUAGGCUGCAUGGCCGAGAGGCUGAGGGAGGAGAUCCUGCACAGGGAGAAGCUGGUGGAUAUCGUGGCAGGCCCUGAUGCUUACCGUGACCUGCCCCGGCUGCUGGCUGUGGCCGAAUCGGGCCAGCAGGCUGCCAACGUCCUGCUCUCCUUAGAUGAGACGUAUGCAGAUGUCCUGCCUGUCCAGACCAGCCCGGAUGCCACCUCUGCGUUUGUAUCGAUCAUGCGCGGCUGUGACAACAUGUGCAGCUACUGCAUCGUCCCCUUCACCCGCGGCCGCGAGAGGAGCCGGCCCAUGGCCUCCAUAUUGCGGGAAGUGCAGAUGCUGUCUGAUCAGGGGGUGAAAGAAGUGACUCUGCUGGGUCAAAACGUCAAUAGCUUCCGAGACACCUCCGAGGUCCAGUUCCGCUCGGCAGCCGCGCCUGGUCUGAGCCGCGGCUUUAGCACCAUCUACAAGGCUAAAGAGGGGGGCUUGCGCUUCACACAUCUGCUGGAUCAGGCCUCCAGAGUCGACCCGGAAAUGCGGAUCCGCUUCACCUCCCCGCACCCCAAGGACUUUCCUGAUGAGGUCCUGCAGCUCAUCCAGGAGAGGCGCAACAUCUGCAAACAGCUCCACCUCCCGGCCCAGAGCGGGAGCUCACGAAUCCUGGAGGCCAUGAGGCGAGGCUACACGAGAGAAGCGUAUUUAGAGCUCGUACAGCAUGUGCGGGAUUCCAUACCAGGAGUGAGUCUGAGCAGUGAUUUCAUCGCUGGCUUUUGCGGAGAGACCGAGGGCGAUCACCAGCAGACGGUGUCCUUGCUCAGGCAAGUCCGCUACAACGUGGGUUUCCUCUUUGCCUACAGCAUGAGGCAGAAAACCCGGGCCUAUCACCGGCUGCAGGACGACGUGCCGGUGGAGGUGAAGCGUAGGCGGCUGGAGGAACUCAUCUCCGUCUUCCGGGCAGAGGCCACCAGGGCGAACGGGGCCAUGGUGGGCCGCUCGCAGCUCGUGCUGGUGGAGGGGCCCAGCAAGCGCUCUGCCGUCCAGCUGUGCGGCAGGAACGACGGAAACAUCAGAGUGGUCUUCCCCGACACGGAGAUGGAGGACGGCACUGGCUCAGGGGCUCUGGUCAGAGCCCAGCCAGGGGACUAUGUGCUCGUGAAGAUUACCUCCGCCAGCUCCCAGACGCUGAAGGGAGUUCUGCUUCGCCGCACCACCCUCAGAGAAUCGGCAGUGCACCGCUGACGCCGCACAAGGGACAAGCAACUCUUCCCCGGGGAGGAACGGGGAGCGCUGGCCAGAUGGGGGUGGAGAUGGGCGUGGUGUUUACUUCCAGAGAUGCCCUCUCAGCUGGAGCCGUGCAAACUCCUGAGCAAAAGGCGAUGGACACAUGUGCACGCGCCGGCCCUGGGCAGAGCUGCUUGGAGUCCUUCGAAAAUCGCCACAGCCAGGAAGUGUUUUGUUCCUGCUUUUCAUUUGCUAUCUUGGCUGCGCGUCCCUGGGCUUGGAGGCAGCUCACACACCCCACCCCACUCCACCAUACCAUCCUACUGGGCAAUUUCACGGGGGUGUGGCGGCAGCCAGAGCUGCUUAACUGGGAGAUUAUUCCCAGCAAUCUGUGCCCAAGGAAUUGUUAACGUCCAUCAGAAUCCCAGAUUGACUUGGGAAUUCCUCACUGGUUAUCCGCUGGUUUGUGGGACAGAGCAGGGUUCUGAAAUCAAAUAGAUACCUGUACCUUUUAGGUGGGGCUGAGCUAAUUUCUGCAGUGGGUCACAGGACAUAAUGACCAGAAAUGGGAGGACAUUGAUAAAAGAUUCACACCUCCUA